UUUUCCAUGAUCUCACACAGUCGUCUUAAUGCCCUCAUGACCGAGGAGGAGGCAGGUUUCUUCCCCACUGAAGACAAGUGUGAAGUUACCCUACAAGGAUUUAAAGUCAGUGUGGCACUUAUUGAAGCAAGUGUGAUGCGUUUGCAGGGUGUAGUUACAGGAAGUCAAUAGGUUAGGUUUUACUCUCCAAGAUUUCCUUCAUAUUUCCAAUUAUUUCACUUUGUCAUCAUCUUUACAAGCUGAGCUCAUGAAUCAGAUGCAAAGAUGACUGUCGAGUACCGCUCCUCUACAGUGACAAACAUGGACAUUGACAACAGUAAAGUUGGCUAUAGACAACUUUUAGGAGAUGGCAGCAAGCUCCGGUAUUCAGUUUAUGCAUUGAGAAACAGCCCUUUCAAGGCUGCUACAGUUGUUCUUGGGCUGCUGUGUGCUCUCCUGUUGUUUGGGGUCAUAGGUCAGAGUGUCCACUACCGAAAAGUAGAGCAAGACCAUCAGAACAACCUAAAAGCUGCGAGUAACGAGAAAGAGAAACUACAGGAGAACCUGAAGAAGGUGCAGAAUGAUGUAAAAAAGCUUGAGACUAGCCGUAGUCUGUUAGAGCAAAGUAACAAAGUCUUAUCUACAAGGAAAGAGCAAAUACAGACCAAUAUCAGAUUGCUGACAGAAAAUACAAACACACUUCAACUUAGCCAAAACACGUUAAAGGCCAGUAACAGCGCUUUCAGCAAAGAGAUAGAAGAGCUAAAAGCCGAUAUAGACCUGUUACAGAAUAACAGCAAAGCUGUGACUACAGCCAAAGGCGUGUUACAAGAUCGAUAUGAUUCAGUUUUGAAACGCAAAAAUGAGGUACAGGCCAGUUUUGAAUCAGUGACCAAAGACAAGAACAAUUUACAGAACAAAUUAAAUAAUGUAACUAGAUCAAGAGAGCAUCUGCAGUUGAGCUACAAUGACUUGAUUAAGAAGGUAGAGCAUUUGCAGGUCAGAUACAACUUAUCUAGCAGUGAGAAAGAGAAGAUAGAAAGCAGUCACCAAAGCCUGACAAUAUCAAAAGACAGUCUGCAGGACUCUUGCAACAUACUGUCAAAAGCGACAGAUGAGCUGCAGGUUUCUUACGCGUCCUUGGUUCAGGAAAAAGAAGAGCUUGAAAGCAGUUGCAAAAAUGCAAUUGUGGAGAGAGACCAGUUGAAGGCGAAAAAUGACAACCUGACUGCUGUACAGGCAGAGUUGGACAGACUGAAGAAAAUACCCCCAGCUAAGAAGUGCCCCACUGGCUGGACAAGGUCUCAGUACAGCUGCUACUUUACCUCGGUUGGCAAAAGUAACUGGACUCUGGGCAGAGACUACUGUCAAAGCAAAGGCGCAGACCUGGCUGUCAUAAAAAGUCAAGAGGAAAUGCUCUUCAUCAAUGGCUUGUAUGCAAGUGACAAAGAAGUCUGGAUUGGAUUGACUGAUGGAGGAGUAGAGGGUCAGUGGAAAUGGGUAGAUGGGACACCAAUGACCACAACGUUCUGGGGCAAAGACCAGCCCAACAGCUUUGACGGGAGGAACCAGGACUGUGUGGAAUUCUGGCACAGUGCGAAAGGGAAGGGCACCUGGAAUGAUGAGAUGUGUAACAUAGAACAACAGUUCAUCUGUGAGAUGUAGUAUGUACAGAGGUGUUGAGGUCUGGCUAGCUGUGCUGAUGAUCAUUAUGUAUCAGUGUAGUCCUAAAGUAUGCAUAUUGGACUGUUGUAAAUUGGAAAUAACAGAAAUAUCAGACACAAUUUGUUUAAAAAUGUAUAUUAUGUGACCAGUUAACACACAAUGACUGAUGAGUAUUAUGAAGUUAUGGCUUCUUGUGUGACCGGUCCAGGGAGUAUGAAGGUUCACACAUAAUCCAACAACCGUUCAAUCUGUAUUCUAUAUAAAUUAACAGAUGGAAAAAAAGCUGCUUGCAUUGCAAUUAAAAUGCUUUUUUUGCUUAUUCUAUAUUCUUAUAAACACAUUUCAAUGUAUAUUCAUGUAAACACAGUUUGAAUAAAAUAAUUCAUCUUGUGCCACUAAUUUAAUGUAUGACACUAAUAGUUUACUCAGAGUUCAUUCAUAUGCUCCAGUAGUUUGGAGCAUAUACCUAAAGCUAUAGUUAUUAGAAGGAUAUUGCUAUUUAAGAAAUAAAUAAAUCAGAGUAUUAGUAAUUACCUGUGUUGGCUCUCCAACAACACUUUCCUUUGUAUGUGUGAAAUUGUGAACAAAUUCCAUACAUUAAUCAGUAGUCACUAACGUGAUCCAGGUUAUGGAUUAGGUUAUGGGAUGUCAUUAAGAAGUAUUAGUGUGUAAGGCCUUGUUAAGGGAAUACAUCACCCCAAAAAUCCCCAUGAUCAUUUAUCAAUUUCUCACCCUGUGUUUCCUUUUCUUGCAUGCCUCCAAGGUGAACGAAGAACUCAAAACUGAGAAAAGUCUUAAUGAAUAGAAGUAAAUGGGGGCCACGUUCAUAACAACUGCAAAACUAUAUCAAAACAUAUGUUCACCAACUCUCAAACAACCUGCGCAGUGUAAUACCACCCUAAUGUAUCCAGCUGUAUGCUCACUUCAUCCCAAAUGUUUGCUAAAACCUUACUUUUUCAAAUACUACAGCAUAAACUGUUUCCUCCGUCUUUCUUCAUUCAAUGUGGAGGCAUGCAAAAACAACCAAAUUUGUCUUUAAGAAUUCAAGGUAACUAGGAGGCCAAUAUCAUUUUGUGCAUACCAACAUGUUGGACGUACUACCUACUGUAUGGAGGAAGAAGAGAGGUACAGAGUUGGUGGAACAGCUUCAGAAGGACACUAGGUUGAAGAAGGCCAACAUCACUAAGAAUUUACAUGUGAUGGAGUUUCAGACACUCGCAGCUUCUACAUUCGUCUGGUUUGGCAAAGAAAUCCACUGAUGGCUCAGCGUGAGACUGCACAUGCAUUGAAAAGAGACUGAUAGCGGCGGACCUCAAAAAGUGCCAGGAAAGAGGUCAUCUGACACACUUGAUUAGCAAUUAGAUCGAUUCUGGAAGUUAAGAUACAGGAAAUUGAUGUGAACACAGAGAAAGUGAAGCUGAAUAAUUUCAGGGAAGCAUGUCUCCAUCACCAUAAUGCGAGUUCAAUUUUGGUGGAGAAAUAAUACAGGAAAGGUAUUUGGUCAAUAAAAACUAGUUUAUUGUCAUUCUUAUUCACUUCUGUUUAUCUACAAUGCAUUUCUUAAAAUAUCUGACCUCUCGAAGACUGUAGAAUUAAAACAUUCAAUAUGUAUAUAUGAUUGCAUAAAAUAAACAUGUACUUGGA